AUGGAGAGCUCUCGUGUUACCGUUAGGGGUACCGUUGGCAAUUUCAAAGGCUUGGUGGCUGGAAGCAGUGACAACACUCAGAUGAAAUAUCGCAUCGCCCUGACCGAUGGAGGAGGAAGGCUAAGGUGCCCGCUGACGUCACCAAGGCCAACCGCCAAUAUCAUGAGCCAACUGGUCCACGUGUUCAACGGCCGCCCUCUUCUGCCCAAUGCUCUCAGAUUUUAUGAACAUUGUUAGCGACCAUGGUUUCGCUAUGAGUUUUUAGAUUAAUUUAAAUUUUAUAUAGUCUUAAGUCUGUAUACUAGACGUAUUAUGAACUAUGUCUGAAAAAAGAUAUUAUCAGAUAUACAUUGUACUAUAUUGGGGAGGCAAAAAAGCUUUUGAAACUCUCUUGUAUGUAUAUAUAUAUAUAUAUAUAUA